GGGACUUGAAGGAUAUAAUACCAACCAUAUAUAUAUAUACAUAUAUACUUACUGCUUAUUAUGUUAUAUGCACACCUACUUUCGAGCAUGUAAUCCAAACCUGGUCAAUAUGGCUGCCGUAAAAUGUGUUUAAAGGUAACACAGACAAACUUAAUUGCCCGAUUCAAUGUCAACAUUUAAUGUUACAAAGGAACGUUAACCGUGGGUAAAUCACAGAGAAACGACCACGUGCACUGGAUAUAACUGGACUCCAUAUCAGGGAAAGACUCGGAAAAGAGUGGUGUUUUACCAAGGAGCUUGGUUGGAUCUGUCCUUAAGUGAUUAAUAUAACCAAGGAACAAUGUCGACCAAGGAGCGACAAGGGAAGGGAAUACAGAAACGUGAAGGAAAGGAAUUAACAGACGAGGACAAAAAAGCAAUCAGGAGGUCCUUUGAUUCCCUGGACAGGGACCAGAAUGGCCGUUUAUGUGCCGAGGAAAUUUACAAAGGAGUACAAGUGCUCGGUUUCAAUCCUACCAAGUCAGAGGCCGUUGACAUGAUUUCGGAUAUAGACGAGAAUGGAAAUGGUCACAUAGAAUUUGAGGAAUAUGAAGAAAUGAUGAGAAAACGAAUGUCUGCUAUGGAAUAUGAAAAGAAUUUGCUUCGUGAUGCUUUUAAAAAGUUUGACAAAGACGGUGAUGGUACGAUAAGUCCAGAGGAACUCCAAAAGUCACUUUGUAAAAGUGGGGAUAAGAUGGAUAUUGCAGAUGUGAACGAAAUGUUCUUAUUGGCCGAUCAUAACAGUGAUGGCAAACUUAAUUAUGAAGAAUUUGUGGAGAUGUUUCAGGAACAAUUUUGAUGUUGGGAGUAAAUUUGUUUAUUUUGUAACAGACUCGAUAAUCGACGUAUCACGACUAAGAUGCAUGCAUGCUCAAACUGUAUAGUGCUAAAUUAUAUCGAUUCACAUAUGUUUGUCUUUAUUUCCUCAAGUUUGACAACUUGUGGUUAGAACUUCAGUUAAAAUAGAAAACGCGCUCAGUAUCAAAACCAAGCCUUGGCUUAAUGCAUUGUGAAGUAUCAGCAUUUUGUUUGAAAUAAAAACCUCAA